AUGUUCAGAUCGGUGUCAAAGACAAUAAGACUCAUUAGUUGGGUUAAUGCUACCAGGUUAUAUUCGGUAGCGAAUGCAUCUACUACUACCACUAUUACUACUACAAGUUCCUCACCAUUGUCAACAUUAAAGUUAUCAUCGAAUGGUUCUAGAGAUUUGUACGCUAUAUUCAGAUUGCACAAUUUGCCAUACUUAGUUACUAAAGGGGAUAAAGUUUAUUUACCAUACAAACUAAAAAAUGCAUCAGUUGGUGAUGUGUUAAAUUUAAAUGAUGUCGUGACUUUGGGAUCUCCACAAUAUACAUUGAAUAUGAAGGAAGGUAUAUCUCCAGAAUUAUUUGAUUUGAAGGCCAGUGUUGUUGAAAUCACUAAGGAACCAAGAUAUCAAGUUACUAGAAAGAAACAAAGAUGCAGAACAACUAAAACGACUCAAGUGGAACCAUUUCAAACUGUUUUAAUGAUCAAUGAAUUGAAAUUGAAAUAA